AUGGGGUAUGGAAUUAUAUAUGACCAUGCAUGAUAUGACUCAGAACCACUCGUGACGCAAAAGUGUACAUGAUCCUCGUUUUGCUAUUAAAUAUCGCGGACAACGUUUAUUUUCAGUAAUUUAUCUGGCUGUUCAGACAGAUACAUCGUGUAUCUUGGAAUAUAUAUCAAGGUGAGAUGAAUAUUUUAUUUUGCUGCGUUUUUGGCGUCGUGUAACCGGGAUUUUUCGUGUUAAAAUAUUGAUUUUUGUUUCCUUUGACUUUCAGGUACAUACAAGUGGGAGUUGUUUAUCGAUAAUUCCCACUGCAGGAUCCACUGUGUUCCUCUCAAAUUGUGAAAUAAAAUCAAACGAAGCAUUGUGUUCGUUUAUAUUAGACCAAGCCAAGUCAUUGUUGCUUGCUAAAAACAUAAACAGCACUUUAAUUUGUGCGAACAAUCCAUACCUCGAACAAAUUCAAAGAGAUAUAAAUUUGUGGCUGUUGACAAAUUUAUAUAUAAACCUGUUGUUGUUGACAUUUGACAGUCACGUAAUUCAUAGAAGCCGUACUGGUCGUGCAACGUACAUACAACAUCUUAUAGAGGUAAGAUCGUUCGUUUGUUUGUUUAAAAUAUUAAUAGCAUUGGUAUACUAUAAUGGGAAUAACAAUUGAGCAACAUCGUGCCCGAAUUGGAGCACACAAUUGUAUACGAAUAAACAAGUACUUGAGUUUUGUGCUCGGCGACGUUCGUCACAUAAUAUUGAUGUUAUUUCAGUUGGUUAUGACUAUUAUUGUAUUAGCAAUGUCUGUUCGAAUAUGUUAUUUGAACAUAUAUGUGGGACGUUUUACCCAAGUGAUAGAGUCAUUCACUCAAAUAACAGGUUACAUUGUGUAUAUUCCACUGUUGUUGAGAAUGGCAAAUGAUGUUGAAGAAAACCCUGGGCCGACAAUAUAUGAUGUGGUUGACCCAACUAAAACAAUCUGUGCUGAUUUUAGCCAAGGCAAUGCCAAAAAAUUUCGACAAAAUGCUGGUAAACAAUGUUUAGCCAUGUCCUUGACUGCAAUAAUAUAUGAUCAUAUUACAAAUGUUAAUGGAUGGGAUUCCGAAUUAUUGAAUGAUAUAUUGUGUACUGGAAAUAACCUUUAUUCUUUUAUAAGCAAUUCUGUUAAGAAAAGCUAUUUACUUUUAACUGAUGUGCCAGAAAUGGUCUCAGUUUUUGAUCACAUCUAUCAUUUACAAUUUGGUGACCCAUUUGCAGGUGACAUAUUCAUGACAACUACCAAUCUACCUUAUUAUUCUUUGGAGAAUGCUUUCAAUAAUCUGUUUGGAGUGACUCAAUUAAACUUUCAAUAUUGCCUGUUGACUAUUAAUUACAAUACUGUUGCAAUUUUUAAGACUUCUGACGGAACCUUUAAAAUAUUUGAUUCUCAUUCAAGAGAUUUAUAUGGCAUGCCACACCCUUUAGGCAAAUGCAUAUUAGCAUCUGUUGAAAGUAUAGAAGACCUGGUAAUUUAUUUCCAGAGUACUAUACCUCGAGGCAAUGAAACACCUUUUGAAGUGAAAGGACUAGCUGUUCAGGAAACAAAUUUCAAUAUAACACAAAUAGAUGCACCUACAUCGAGCCAAAGUGGAAAGAAACAUGUGACACUGGAAAGUGACAGAAAGUAUAGGAAAAUGAAACGAGCAGUAGAAAAUGAAACUGAAAAACAAACUAGACUUGAAAAUAUGAGAGACUAUAAAAAAGCAAAACAAGCUGUUGAAAGUCAAACUGAAAGGCAAACUAGAAUUGAAAAUGAUAAAAAAUAUCGAAAUAAGAAACGAGCACAAGAAACUGUGAUUGAAAAGCAAACUCGUCUUGCUAGUGCUAAUGAAUACAAGAGAAAACGUAGAUCUUCUAGUUCAAAUCAGGGAGAUUAUUUAAACAAAUUUGACAUAUUAAAUGGCAGUAUUCAAGAACAGAGUUGGGCAAAGUCUAACAUUAAUAAAUUUAACAAAUCUAUUGAAUUCUUUAUCAGUCAAUGCACAAUAUGUAAAGAGGCAUGGCCAUUAAGAUCUAAACCAAAAUCACACGAUAGUUAUGUAUGUUUACGAUGUUCCAGAGACACAAAAUCUCCUAAAAAGUUUAGUUUUGAAAACUCAAUGAUUCCUUCACCUGUCCCACACGAGUUACAAAAUUGUACUCAGAUUGAGGAAAUGUUGAUUGCUCGAGCUCUGCCUAUCAUGAGAGUUUAUAUUAAACCAGGUGGACAACAAGGUUACUCAGGCCAUUGUGUUAACUUGCCACAAAACAUAAAAGUACUUGCAACAUCCUUGCCAAGAUAUCCGAAAGAAUUGUCUGUGAUUAUUGUUAAGGUGAAAGGUAGAGAUAAUACUUUUAGAGAUGUUACUGUGAGAAGAGAAAAAGUACACAAUGCCUUAUUAUGGCUAUUGCAAAAUAACCCUCAUUAUUCUGAGUUAGAAAUUAAUGAAGAUGCAUUAAACUCUUUGCCUGAAAAUGGCAUUCCAGCAGAUCUCAUGACAGUUGAGACUGAAAAUGAAAUAAUCUCAAAUGAUGAUGUCAUGCCAGAUUUGGGCCCACCCACUGAUAACCUUUCUGAAGAUAUAGUUUAUAAUGACUCUACAGAUAUGAAUAGUUUCUUGCCCGUUGGUGACCAGCAAGAACGAGAAAUAGAAGCAGUUAGGAAUCAGCUUUCUGCAAAUAAACCAAUGCCAUGGCCCACUAUUGAAAGUGAACCAUUGAAUGAAUAUCAGAUAUCACAUCUGGCCACUAUGGCUUUUCCAACAUUAUUCCCUGAUGGAAAGGGCGAUCCAACUAAUCAAGGUCUGUUGAGGGAUGUUGCUCUUCAAGAAAGAGUUAAACACCUUUUAAAAUUUGCUGAAUAUAUUAAUGAUAAGUGGGUGUACCGUUUUGCUAACCACCCUAGAUUUUCCUACUGGGCUUUUAACAUGAUUCAGAGAAAACGUAUUUUACAACAGAGUGGAAUAUUCCUAAAACAAAAUCCAGGUGAGGCACAUCUCACUAUUGAUGAACUUCGUGCAAUGGCAGCAAGUAACAAUGCAGAUGUAUUCAUGUCUAAAGUAUCUAGAUAUGUUGGCAAUAUUGCAGGUACAAAUGCUUACUGGAACAAGGUGAGAGAGGAACUAAAAGCUAUCAUAACCAAUGUUGGAGCACCAACAAUAUUCUUUACUUUUUCAUCAGCAGAUAUGCACUGGCCAGAAUUACAUGCUCUGUUUGGAGAAAAUACUGAUAAUACCGCUAGUGCUCAGAUAAGACGACAAAACGUUAUUAACAAUCCACAUAUAGUUGAUUGGUUUUUCACACAGAGAUUAGAAAGCUUCAUUAAACACUGGCUUUAUGAUACUCUUGGUGCAAAAUGGCACUGGUUUAGAUAUGAAUAUCAAGGUAGAGGAAGUAUUCAUUGUCAUGGUACUGCUAAACUAAAGAAUGACCCAGGUUUGUGUCAACUUACUCAGACUGCUCUAAAAGGAUUCUUAGCUCAGAAAUUUAAGGACAAGAAUGAUUGUCUGGAUACAACAGAACUAGACCAGGAUAUUGAAGCUGGUAAGAGAGCUGCUGACACAGCAUGUCAGUAUGUUGAUUGGUUGUUGUCAACUGUCAAUCCAAAUCCACCAGAGAAGGACAUGUGGAUAAGACCACAAGUUCACCCAUGUCAGAAACGUUAUAAUGACAUCCCUGCAUUUGAAAAGGAAUCUGAUUAUGUGGAUCUUUUGAAUAUGGUUCAACGACACACUCAUUGUAGCACAAAUUAUUGUCUAAGGAAAAAAUCGAAUGAAUCCGAAAUGAAAUGUAGAUUUCAUUUUCCAUUUGACCUUUGCCCUCAGACAAAAUUAGAGUUUGAAGAAAUUCACAAUAAAGGUGACAACAUACAAUAUAGAGCAAAGAUUGUUACUAGAAGAAAUGAUUCAAGGUUGAACAAUCAUCAACAACUCCAGCUACAAAGCUGGAGAGCUAAUUGUGAUAUUCAAGUGGUUAUUGAUCACUAUGCUUGUGUAGAAUAUCUCACUAAAUAUGCUGCUAAAGGUGAACCAAGGUCACCUUUACUAAAGCAGGCAUUUAAUUCUAUUGUUCAAAAUGUUGACAAUAAUAGUGACCCUCAAAGAGCCAUCAAGAAAGUGAUAAUGAAAAGUCUAGGUGAAAGAGAUUAUGCAGCCCAAGAGACAAUGCAUCAUUUGCUGUCACUGAAACUACACAGUUCAUCAUUUAAAGUGAUUCCAGUGAGUUUAAACAGUUCACGUCGAGUACGUGACAAUGCAUCUAUUGAGGAUGGCGAUUCUUGCACUGAUAAUUCACUUCUUGACGUCUACGCUAACCGUCAACAAUAUGACAACUCUCAAAGUAUUAUGAACAUGAACUUUGUACAGUUUGCUACAACCUACCAAGUUGUUAAUAAUGAGCUGACAAAACUACCAGAUAAUAUUGUUCCAAGGAUAUUUCCUACUUACUCUCCUAAUCCUAAAGGCACCAAUUUUGCACUUUAUUGCAAGUAUCAACUCUUGAGAUACAAACCUUGGAGCACAACCCAAAACAAUGCAUGGGGUGACCAAGAACCUACCGAUCAAAUUUUAACUAACGAUUGGCAAGAGUUUUUGCAAACACCUUAUGCACAAACUCAUGUGCCAGACUGGGUUGACAAAUUACAAACUGUAAUUCAAAGUCAACAAGAACCAGAGGAUGAACCUUGUGAAGAGCAAGGAAAUACCCAAGAGGAGUGGAUGAUCUUAUCUGAUCUUCACACUCCAUUUGAAAACUCAGAACAAGAACCCAAGUGUAUAUAUGACUGGCACCAGGAUAGAGCUCAGUAUUCUGACCAACAAAUUCAUGAAAUUCCAACAUGGAUUAAAACUAAAAAAGAUGAUUAUGUCGAUGACGUAGAGUAUGAAGCUGUCAAUACAAACAGUUUUAGUGAAAUGCAAGGACUUGCAUACAAUAUUGUUAAUACACAUAUUAAUAGUAUUUCACCUGACAAAGAACCAUUGUGUCUCAUUGUUAUUGGUGUAGCUGGUACUGGUAAGAGUUACCUUAUCAAUGCUAUUCGCAAUCUUUUGCAGAGCAAAUGUGCAGUUACUGCUACAACUGGCAAGGCUGCUUAUAAUAUAAGAGGUAUUGCUAUUCACUCAUUGUUGAAACUACCUAUUGGAUCACGAGGUAGAAAAGAUUUAACAGGUCAGAGUCUGUCCAGACUGCAGGAAAAUUUAAAUGGUGUUGAAUAUAUUAUCAUUGAUGAAUACUCUAUGCUUGGUCAAGUCACUUUUGGCUGGGUAGAUAAACGUUGUAAACAAACAACAGCAUGUUACAACAAGUUGCUUGGAGGAAAGUCCUUGAUCCUAUUUGGUGACCCAGGUCAGUUACCACCUGUAGCCGACAAGCCUCUUUAUCAUGCAAAACCGUCAAAUGAUGUUGGUGAACAAGGUUAUCAAACUUACAGAAUGUUUGAUCAAGUGGUUAAACUAACUGUCAAUCAGAGAGUACAAGGUAUGAGUUCUGAACAAAUCACUUUCAGAGAUUUAUUGUUGUGACUCCGCAAAGGUGAGUCGACAAUUGAAGAUUGGAAAUUACUUUUGACUCGUCAACCCUCAGCCAUUACAAAUCUUGAUGAGUUUAAAGACGCUACCAGACUCUUCUACAGCAAUGAGCAAGUCGCAAACUACAAUCAUGAUCAACUGAAUAAACUUGAUCAUCCAGUCGCUAAUAUCAAUGCUCGCCAUUCAUCAGCAUCUGCCAAGAAAAUUCCUGCAGAAGAUAUGUCUGGAUUAGAACCUGUGGUGUUUCUAGCAAAGGGUGCUAAAGUAAUGUUAACCAUGAAUUUAUGGUCAAGUGUUGGUCUCUGCAAUGGGGCUACUGGAACUGUCAUAGAUUUUAUCUUUGAAAGAAAUCAUCGGCCACCAGACUUACCUGUUGCUGUUAUUGUUCAGUUUGACAACUACAGAGGUCCAUCAUUUGAUGACACUCAACCAUCGUAUGUUCCAAUAUGUCCAAUCACUAUCUCUUCAGAGUCACAAAAUGGUCUUCAUGAGAGACAGCAAUUACCUCUUAGACUUGCUUGGGCUCUAACCAUCCACAAGAGCCAAGGACUCACACUAUCAAAAGCUUGGAUAGACAUUGGUAAGUCAGAGAAAACUGCUGGAGUCUCUUACGUUGCUAUCAGUAGGGUAAAAACACUAUCAUCCUGUGUCAUUGAACCAAUGACUUAUGAGAGAUUGACAAGCUUAAGAUCUUCAGCGAAUUUGCAAUUCAGGGUUGAAGAGGAAAACAGGUUAGAUCAGCUAGCACAAAGAACACACAGUGCAAACCAGUCUGGUUGAAUAUUGUCGAAGAUUAAAGUUGUGGAUCCCAUACACGUAUAUGUACAGCUGUUUACUGUACAUGUUCUACUCAAUGAAAUUUAUCACACAUUACCUUUUUAAAAAAAAACUUGAACCUAAUGUAUUUUAAUUAAUUUACUCUACUAUUCUGUCUGUGUGAGAUUUUGAUGAUUGGCAAGGCGAAGUUAGGUAAGUUUACUUUUUCUAAGUAUAAAUUAUUAGUUUGAAAAGUACUUCGCAAAGUGCAAACUAAUAAUUUAUAUAAAUUAUUAGUUUGCAAAGUACUUUGUAAACUAAUAAUUUAUAUACGUAUACGAGACAAUACAUUACGUCAAUCUUUUGGUGAGCUAUGCAUAGUUACAAAUAAUUUUUGUCUUUUUAUAGAUUGUUAAUACUCUGAAAGGAGAUACUUAG